GCUGCGGGAAGGGCGGGACUUCCUGCGCGGGGGCCUGAGCCGCUCCGUCUCCCUGCUCUCCGUGGUCCCGGCUCGCGUGUAGCGGCGGCGGCGGCGUCUCCGUGAGGAGGCGCGCGGGGCCAUGACGUCAGCGUCCACAAAGGUCGGAGAGAUCUUCUCGGCGGCCGGCGCCGCCUUCACGAAGCUCGGGGAGCUGACGAUGCAGCUGCAUCCUGUGGCCGACUCUUCCCCUGCGGGUGCGAAGUGGACGGAGACGGAAAUAGAGAUGCUGAGGGCUGCUGUGAAGCGAUUUGGGGACGAUCUUAAUCACAUCAGCUGUGUCAUCAAGGAACGGACAGUGGCUCAGAUAAAGGCCACUGUGAAACGCAAGGUAUAUGAAGAUUCUGGCAUCCCCCUUCCAGCUGAGUCACCCAAGAAAGGGCCCAAGAAGGUGGCAUCUGGUGUCUUAUCACCUCCUCCAGCUGCCCCUCCUCCCAGCAGCUCCAGUGUCCCCGAGGCCGGGGGUCCCCCCAUAAAGAAACAGAAGGCCGAUGUGACACUCAGUGCUCUGAACGACUCCGACGCCAACAGUGACCUGGUGGAUAUUGAAGGGCUAGGAGAAACUCCUCCAGCUAAGAAACUCAACUUCGACCAGGACAGCCUGACCCUGGAUUCUGGCCUUCUCAUGACCUCUGCUGAUCCUCCUCUCCUCUCCUGCUGAGCCUUCCACCUCUGACCUCUCACUGUUCACGCUGGACCUGUGGAUCUCCUGGGACUCCGAGCAAGGCCUGCACGAGAGAGGGCUGAAAGGCUGCUGGGGCUGCCACCUCGCUGUGCCCGCAUAAGCAUCUGCCCCCGACCCCCUUGACCUUCAUCUGAUGGACAUUUUUAUACAGAAAACAAUAAAGAUUUCCCUCUCAGCUU